AUGACUACCGAACAACGCAUUUCAAACGAUCUGAUCAACCUCAAUGUCGGAGGAAAAAUAUACACCACAUCUCGCUCAACAUUGACUCGAUAUCCAGACUCGAUGCUUGGCGCAAUGUUUGGCGGAGAUUUCCCAACUAGGUCCGACAGUAACGGCAAUAUUGUCAUUGACCGAGACGGGGAGCUGUUCCGGUACGUUCUCAAUUUUCUGAGGAAUGGGAAUCUGCGUUUGCCUGAUUCCUUCCGCGAAGUGGAACUGUUGGAGGACGAAGCAGAUUUUUAUCAAAUCAAACAUUUCAUACAUGCUCUACGUGAUUGGAAACUCAAGAAAGGGGGACAGAAGCAGGACAUAUCCGAGUAUGUGGAAGUGGAAGAUAGUCACGGCGUCGUGAGAGUCACUGCACCGGCCAAAUUAUGGAGAUCUGUGCCUAUGUUACGAAAUGAAGUGAACAAGACCCAGAAGUAUCGAAUGCGUGUCUGGGACUACCACACCGCCCUCUAUCACUGUUCGUCAACAGGGAACCUGCCCGAUGUCAACGAUCUUGGAAGAUUGAAACUAUUCAAGCAGCUCAGUUUCGAAGGUUACGAUUUGCUUUCUAUGACAUCAAGCAGGACUGACGCCGUGCCCGGAACAGAUCAAGUACACAGAUGGAUGUUUCGUCGCAAUGUCGAGCAUCGCAAUAUUGAAGUAAUAGCGAUCGACGAAUCCGCCUUGGUGUUGGGCCAACAACCAAACUAA